AGCUGGCCUAGACAGGAAUAACUGUCGUUUCUAGGGAUUUAUUUAAAACAAUUUCUGACAUUUUGGGUGAGGGGUGAAGCCAACGCAGCGGAACAACAAAAAUACAGAGACUGAAGCUUUUGGUCUAUAGACUAGCUGGCUUUACAUGCACACGGCACUCUAUUUUAUUCAGGACCAGACGCUGAGUGAAUUUCGGACGAAAAGACAGAUGCCGAAAUUGUGAAUUAAGAAAUGAAAUACCACGACUGUGGUUGGCCUUGGAGUCAAUGAAUCGAUUUGAAUAUGCACAUGAUCCAGAGCGAAUACACAGGUACUGGGGUUAGAUGUCACCAUGUUCCUACUGAUAUACAACUCAGAGCAGUUUUAUGUUGCAUGAAAAUAGGAGAAUGGUUUGACCUGUGAAUGUGCCUGAUGCGGAUGAUUGGACAUUGUGACUCUAUCUGGUCAUGGGCUAUGUCUUGAUGAGCAAUCUUUGAACAUCUGUAUCCAGAAUGUGAUUCUUCACUGGACCCUUUGUAAACUCCUGGGCCAUAGCUUGGUGAGCAUUCCUUGAACAUCUGUAUCCAGAACUGUUACUUCACUGGACCCUUUGUAAACUCUUGGACUAUACUUUGGUAAGCAUUCCUUGAAGGCUUGGACAUCUGUAUCCAGAACUGUUACUUCACUGGACCCUUCAUAAACUUUCACUUCUGGGACAACUGAAUGAAAGACCCAUGAGAACUUUGCUAACCUGGUUUAUUACAUCAAACAGCCUUUUCUUAUGGAAUAUCAGAAUAACAUGACAACAAACAUAGCAUGAUGUAUGUGUUUUUCAGCAUUCUCUUGAGUACUUUUGAUCUCCAUUUUCAAGAGAAAAUUUAAUGUCAAAUUUGGUAAAAUUGUUUAUCUGCAAAAAGAAUGAAUAAGGUGAUUUAGCAUGUGCUUCAUUUUCGUGUGAUCCCUUUCCUCUUUUCCUUUUUUACCUUCUAAGAUUGAUAUCUUGAUAUUUGUAAUUAUCUGCUCAAAAGCACAGUGAGCAAAGGAUGUACUGCAUCCUGUGUUUAUUCAGGGGUCAAUGCUGCUUUGUAAAAUAAUGUUUCUCAAGUGGAUGAGUAUUUCAUUUACUUCUUCAACCUUUAUAGAUCACAAUAUUACAUAUGCAGGAGGUACUAUGAUGUUUUCAUAAAUAAAACUAUCAUUCAUACAUAUUUGUUUUGCAACUUACCAUCAUCUCACCAAGAUGGAGCCAAAUAUAACCUUCAGAUGUAGGUAUUGUCACAAGGCCUGUAAAAGUAGCCUUCAGCUGGAAAAACAUGAAAUAAUGCAUCAAACAGAAACUGCUUUAGCCAGCAGAUCUUGCAGUGAACAAUUUGAAAGCCAGGAGCUCCUUGAUGGACACUCUUUUGCAGGAUCUGACUCUGGCAGUAAGCUGAGCUGUAACCUAUGUGGCAAGGUGUAUGCUUCAGGUGCAGAGCUUUUGAAACAUGUGUCACAACACUUUAAUAGUGGGGAGAAGUUUCCGAGCAAACCAUGCAGCAGCCAAUUUGAGAAUCUCCCUGAUCUUCAAAGACACCUUGAAGCACACAGUCACACCAAUGAAUACAGGUAUUCAUGUAUGAUAUGCACCAAAGGGUUUGGAUCGAAGCUAUCUUUAGAAUGUCAUCUCCGGGAACAUGAGGAUGUAAAUUCAGGCUCGCAGCUCCCUGUGGGAGGGGUGUCAAAUGAUGUUGUCCUGACAGGUGCUAUCAGAAAUCCCACAUCAUCAAGGUUAGAAACAUUCUUUUGUAAUAUUUGUGGAGAUCUCUUUAAUCAAGAGGGGCAGUUUCAGCAGCAUCUGGAUGACCAUUUCCAAAGGAAGUUGUAUGAGUGUGAUAUCUGCAACAGCAGGUUUACUGGUCCAUUCUUUUUGAAACAUCACAUGGAGUUACACAAUUCAGUAAGGCCAUACAAAUGCUCCCAGUGUGGAACUGGUUUCAGACAGAAAGAUUUGUUGAUGAGACACUUUAAAAUUCAUGGUGUACUGAAGAUGGACAAGGUCGAAGAAGAAAACAAAAAUCAAGCUAAGCAGGCUGACAUGUCUGCAAACGACCAAAGAGAUUCAGGUGCUCUAAUUGACAAAGCAGUUGACCAACAGGUCAUCUAUGACGACAGGAACUUUGUUAAUAUGCCUCGGACAAAUGACAAUGAAAGUAUAUUGUCAAUACCCCAACAAGGCAGAGAUGGUCCCAAACCAAAUCCUCUGAAUGUUGGAAUGUUACCCUGGACACCCAUAGCAAAUGGACAGCUUCAUUCCAACCAACAUAGGCAAAAUUCUAUGCCCAGGUUUGGUAAGAGCAGAGACAAAAGCAAAAGAAGCUUUUUUCCUUGUGAUAUCUGCAACAAAGUUUUCAGAUUGAAAGCACAUUGUUUACGUCACAGGCGUAUACAUACCGGAGAGAUGCCCUUUGAAUGUAAGGAUUGUCGCAGGAGAUUCAGAUGGAAAAGCUCGCUGACCAUACAUAAAUGUCAAAAGCUUAGAGGAGAAAAUAAAGCAAUGACGAGCAAUAGUCUUCUUGACCAUUCAGUGAUCUCUCAGAGCCAUCACCAUAAAGUACAUAGUGGAGAAAGUCUUCCUAAGGUUCAGGGAUAUAAUGAUAUGACCAGAAAUGCCAAUGUAAGGUUCAUUUGCAGUCGGUGUGGAGGGAAUUUCACCACAGAGAUUCUACUACAUACUCAUGUCUGCCCCAAUGAUCAGUGGCAGAAUGAUAAAGCUGAAUGUGUGCUAGGUAGUGAAGUGUCUAACCCAAUGCCUUCAGAGAAUAGCCUGUCCCUGUCACAAGUAACCAGUGCAGGAACUGACCCAAUGGCUCACCCUGUUGAUGAUUUAGUACAACCUAAACAGCUUCAGGGAUUCAGGAGAUGGGCAAUAUUCAAGAGGACCAGACCAAAGAGACCUGCUCCACGCACUAAUAAAACCUUGUAUCCAAGUAAAAUAAAUGCCAGCAGCAAGCUCUUUGUAUGUGAGUUUUGUAGCAAAGUGUUUCGUGAUAAAGCGCAUCAUCUACGGCACAUGCGUCUCCAUACAGGAGAAAAACCUUUUGAAUGUGAUAAGUGUCAUAGGAGAUUCAUGUGGAGAAGCUCGCUAGAUUCACAUAAAAAGUCUCAUAAGAAACAAAAUGCAUAUGCAAUGUUAAAGAACAAAAGUUCAAAUGACUUAGAUAGUGCCAAUGCUGAAAACAAUGAUGUUGUUUUUUCUGCAAGUGAAUUUCAGCAGUCGCUUGAGGAAGAUCUACAAGAUUCAGCUUGGGUUCCAGAAGUUACAGAGGAUGGAAAUCCAGACAAGGGAUUAAACUGCCUGCAUGAUGGGAAAAGCUUCACCUCUGAGUCUGAAUUGAAAUGUCAUGUUUCCGAACAUGUAGCCACAGUGACAAAAGGCAAGCCAUACUUCACACGCUCAACUGAUUCAAGUAUAGCCCAUUCGUCUCACAGAGCUAAAGACACUAGCCAACAGGGAAGUGCUCAACCAAAGCAGCAGAUGAAGUGCCCCACAAGGGAAUCCAAAGACUCUACUCUAGAAAUGGCAGCACCUUCUAAAAAAGAGAACACAAAGAAAAUUGUUUGCACAUAUUGCAACAAGGUGUUUCGUCAUCAAAGCAAAUUCCUGCGACACUUGCCUUUGCAUACAGGUGAGCUGAAGUAUAGUUGCAAUCGAUGUGACAAGAGAUUUAAGUGGAGAAGCUCGCUUGCUUCACACGCCAGGAGAUGUGGCAAAAAGAAAGAAGGUGGUUCCUUCCCAUCUAAUGAUUUUGGGCAGUCUCUGGAACUCUUCCAAGCAGAUGGGCUCUUAGACGGAGGUGAGACAAGUGUCAGAGAUGAGAUAUUCAUGUGCAUUCUUUGUGGAAUGUCUUUCGCCUCAGAAACGCAACUUGAAAUGCAUGUGUCAGUCCAUGAAGAUACAAAGUGCUUUCCAGUAUCUGUGCCUACGGAAGAUACUGUUGUGGUGGAACCUUCUGGUGGAGUUAGAGAAAUGAAAGAGAAUACUUCUGAAAUGUCGAAGGUGAAUGAGGAGCCUACUGCGGAAAGGACUGAUAACACAAUGAAUUCAAAUGAGAAAAACUUUGUUUGUGAAGUCUGUAGCAAAGCAUUUGGUUCAAAGUGUCGAUAUCUUAGGCAUAAGCUUGUGCAUACAGGGGAAACCCCAUUUCAGUGUGACCUAUGCGGGAAGGCAUUUAAGUGGAGAAGCUCAUUGGCUGUACAUAAGAAAUCUCAUAAUAGAAAGAAGAUCCCAUCUUCCAGGUCUGAUUAUGUGUCUCUCAUCGCAAAUGAGCUGACCCAAGAGCCUUUGGAAACAACUCUUGGACUUGAUCAGAAUGAGAGAUCCACAAGCACUGCCCUGAAGCAAUAUGUUUGUCCUCAGUGUGGAAUGGAUUACGACUCGGACCUACAGCUGCAGAUACACAUGUACGUACAUGGAGAUGAAGCUCCUCUUCAGAGACAUACAGAAUCUUAUACCGGUGGGACUGACUUCAAGGAAAUGGCCCAACAUUCUGAAGUGAAUGAUCCUUCCCAGAUGCAGGAGUUGGAGAGCAGAGGUGGACCAUUAAAUAAUAGCUGUACUGCAUCUGCAAGUAAUCCAAAACGCAAGCAGAGGACGGUGAAACAGGUUUGUGAUAUUUGCAACAAGGAAUUUAGCAAUAUGAACCACUAUCUGCGACACAUGAGAAUUCACACUGGUGAGAUGCCAUUCGAAUGCAAGAGGUGCAGCAAGAAAUUCAAGUGGAGAAGUUCUCUCGACUCGCAUAAGAAAUCACAUGACAGAAAGGAUGCUCUUGCCAAUGUUGAUUUCAAGAAGAUUUUGAACCUUAUACAUCCAGGGGACAGUGUGUGAAACCUUUCAAUCACACUUCCUCUGGCAUGGUCCGUCCAUUUCCUCCAAAACAUUGGUACAGUCAAUCCCAUCUAUAAAGGCCACACAAAGGAAACAGAAAAAGUAGUGCCUGGUACCAAUGACUUUUGAAAAAAGGUUAUAUAACACAUAUUCCCAAUAUGAGACAACUUUGGUGACCACUAAGGACAGGUUUUAGAUGGAUGGCCGCUAAAACAGGUUUGACUGUAUUUGGUAUUAUCGUUGAGUUUCCAUGAGACAACCUUUAUGAAUCAAAGCAUAAAGUCAAAGCAUUCUUCCAGACACGGGACCAAGGCUCCUGUGACACAAACCAUACAGCUUGAUCAUAGAGAUUAUAUACUUAACGUUUGACUGCAUUGAUCAUUAUCUGCAAUCAAGCAUACUAGCUGUAUGAUCAAAUUAUAAGUCUUGUGUUCCGGACAGAGAUUAUGCAAAACAUUUUGCUCCUUAUAAGUCACAUUUUACUACCCGGUAAGUCAAACAUAUUUCUGUGGUCUGAAGAGAUACAACUAUUAAAGAUAGAUUCAUUUGUAGUUCCUUGUAAAAGGAAUUAUCAAGUGAAGAAUAAAUGUACAACCCACCACUGCAAAUUUGAACAAAAUUUAACUGCCUGUUCAAGAGAGAAGAUUUUGUUUUCAUGCUUUUGAUUCAAUUAUCAUGUUGCUUUCAGUAGUUGUCUAUUUUUGUCAACUGUAUGAUGUCAUGGAUUUCAUACUCUAUUAAAUACCUCAUAAAUUAUGAAAUUUGCUCUUUAAUUAUAAUACUGGUUUUACAUGUUUUUUAUACAAAGUUGGAUAGACUGAAAUUAUUCUAGAAGAAAGAAGAAUAAGGACUUUUUGAAUCCAUGACAUUACACAGUUGAAAGGGCACGAUUGGCCUAUUUUUCAUUUUAUUUUUGUUUAUGAGGAGUUUUGCCUUUAUAAUAUUCAUAUUCAAUCAAAUGGAAUAAUUGAUUUGUUGGAUAAAGAAAUAAUUAAGAAAUUCAUUUUGUCUCCAAUGAUAUCACCAAGGCUAACACAUGCUGCUGUGUGAAGUAGAGCUCAGCUGCUGU